GUAGUGCUGGUGGUUGCUAGACAACAGUACAAAUAGCACCACGAUUUCGUUUCACUUCACAUGUCGUCCACCACUUAAGCUAGCUCCUCCUCUUCCACUAGUCUGGCUCCAUCUCUUAGGUAGUUCAGAGCGAUGGAGAGGGAGAGGGAUGACACAGGAGAGCAGCAGCCAUGGAGCUACAGCUGUGGCUUCAUGGCCAGCUUCACCUGGCCGCCGAGGUCCUACCCCUGCAGCUUCUGCAAGAGGGAGUUCAGGUCCGCGCAGGCCCUCGGGGGCCACAUGAAUGUCCACAGGAGGGACAGGGCCAGGCUCAGGCACGGCUCCCCUCCUCUUCCUGCUCCUCCGGCUGCUGCAAGAGCGGCUAGCUCCAGGGCACCGGCGAUGACUCCUCCUAUUCCCAACCUCAACGAUCCGCCGCCUCCACAGUACCAUCGUCAUCGCUGUUCCAGCAACAGCAGCAGCAACAAGAAGCAUGAUCGUGAUGAUAAGAGCUCAUCGAUGGCGGCGCCGACAACGGUGAGCUUGGAGUUGGGGAUUGGGGUGGUUUGCAGCUGCAAUGCAGCCACUACCACUCUAGGUGGCCCAGAGGAUGACGGUCUCGACCUGGAGCUUAGGCUUGGCGUCUCAUGAUGAUCCAAUCGGCACAUGCGCGCGCAUGCAUGAUGGAUCGAUGUACCUAGCUCGCUACUGUGCUGUGCCGGCCUAUGCCUCUGCAUCGAUCUAUAUAUCAGGCCAGAUAUAUGCAAUUAAUAUGCUACAUAUGUAUGUCGAAUUCGAACUAAUGUAGUUACAGCAUGCAAUGCAAUUAGCUAGGUAGUUUCAAUUCCCUAGCUCUCUGUUUAUUUCAGCUUGGAUAUGUGUUGCAGUUAAUUUGUAGCUUAAUUGAUAGCUAUGUAUCGUGGCCGGGCGGCGUUUCUCUGAUCGACCCUGCAGCAGGCUGCAAAAGAUUAAUUGAUUUUCGUAGCAUGCAUGAUGAUAUAUCUAAUUGAUCAUAUGCAUGAUGGUGGUUCCAAUUUUCUUAAGC